AUGUUUCAUGAUAAUGAGACUGUUAGAAUAGCAGCUGUCAGGUUCUUGUGUGUUCAAAAAGAAUUCAGGUCUAAGGGACUUCUCCCUGUUAUGAUUAAAGGGAUGAUUCGAAGGGUCAACUUAAAGGAUAUUUGGCAAGGCGCUUUUUGCUCUGAUUUGCUAGUGGCAACUCCAGUCACCACUAUAAGUCACUAG